GUUUGCAAAACAGUGUGCGCUAUUCAACUGCAACAAGUUAGAAUAUGAACUGCAUAUUUCUUAUUUGCUGCCUGCUUGGCAUCUCUUUCGUUAUAGCGAUCGAGGCCAACUGUCUGCGGGGUACUGGCCACAUGUGGCAGCUGAAGCCACCCACUGGCACAAACAGUUGCAAUCGAGCGUCAUCUCUGGCCAGAAAUGGAACAUCAAUGGGAAAACCAGCAACGUCUGCACUCGACAUUGCAGUAGCAACAAUGGGAGCACCAGAUCCGGAGGUUGGUGCAAACGUAGCUGCCCCUCCUGCGGUGUUUCUGGCCAACUACGUCUAUGAGUGCGCCAGUCGUCGCACUGCAAGCAGUUGCAUCAAGCCACCAGGGCCGGAGCCGGAAUCGAAGCCGGAACUCGAAUCCGGACCGGAGCCGGAGGUGCCUAAGCCCCGUACUGUGACACUGCCAGCCGGCGAAUGGGAAGGGUUUGGGCCAACUGAGUGAAAGGGGUUUUGCAUGCGAUUAGACCAGCUGAUGGGACGGGUGAUGUUAGCCCGAUUUAUACAUAUAUAUACUGGCAUAUAUUUCGUACGGCAAUAAAGUUAGCCAAGCCAAUCUCACUUAUCUUACUCAAGUUGGGAAACUCGUGAG